AUGGAUUCCCCAACUUUAGAUAUCUCUGACUUUCUCUAUCCACAGACAAGUUCUGAGGGCUCCAACUGGAUCGAAUAUCUAACGGGCUGCUUCGAAGGCUCGCCAUUUGGUUGUACGAAACAUUUGUGGAAUUUUGCGUUCGCUGGUGCGGAUAUCACUGCUGCUCUGUUUGCUCUUUUCAACACCCUCAGCGUCCACGAGAAGCUCAAGUUCUCUAGACUCCCGCUACACCACAAUUUCACGACCUCUCUUGUUGAGCAAGUUAACCAAUGGACGAAAUUCGCUUCCCGUGCCAUCCCUCAUCCUCGUCACAAGACUCUGACCGUCUGGUGGAUUGGCAUAAACGACACUGGCGACACCUUCAAGAACGCUUCGAUCACCAACUUUCCUGCUUUCUGGGAGACUGAAAUGGUGGCAUACUUUGAUGCGGUGCAACUAGCGCAAACCAACGGACUUGAUACACACCUUUUCAUCAAUGUUCCUGCGGAAGAACGCAAUCCAAGUUUCGUUGGCAGCUCCAAUGCCGCCAAGUUCAAGCAGAACAUCGACCAAUUCAACACAGUGCUUGCGGAACACGUUCAAAGGUUCAAAAACACCAACCCAGACGCUGUCGUCAUGACCUUCGACUCGAACGCACUUUUCAACUCAAUCCUUGACAGUCCUACCGAGUUUGGGUUUACCAACACUACUGGAUUUUACACAUGCGCCGACCCAACGGGAUUUUUUUGGUAUAAUUCUGGACACCCGACCCAAGCUGUUCACAAGCUUAUAGCUCAAGCUAUCGAGGCAGAAUUACGCAAUCCAACAUUCAUAGGGACAUCAACUACUGAGUUUAUGUACAAAGAAACAAUAAAAUACGACGAAUGA